AUGGUAUGUAUGGGCACCCCCGUCCUGACCCCCGUCCUGACCCCCGCCCAUCCCCCUGCCCCAAAAUGGCCAGCUGCCCCCUGUACCCCCGCGGGGGGGGACCUCCUGGGUACCCAUAGAGCUACGUCUAAGGGUACCCAGGAGCUUGGUCGCAGGUUUUUCUUCUACAUCGAUGACAUCGCGUCCGGAUCCGCGGAUAUCCUCGAGAACUUCCACCGGGCCCUUCUCCAGGGCAAAGCUGAGCUCCUGCCUGCGCCGCUCGCAAGGUUCCCCUCGGUCCUGGCAUCGCUCUACGACCACUGGGACCCGCUGGCCGCAGCGAUGAUGGCCACAUCUGCUCUCGACUUCAUCACUGGGACAGCGCUCGAGCAGCGCCGACACGUGGUAGCCAUGGAGCCAAGUGUUCACGCACCAAAUUGGCCGGGCUUUCUACGGACGAAGAGCGGGAUGGCGACAGGGUUCUCGUGUGCUGCGUUUCCCCGCUCGGAUGUGCCGGGUGUCGCUUCCUACAUCCAGGCGCUUCCGGACAUGGACCAGCUCAUGUGCCUAACGAAUGAUAUUCUCUCCUACUACAAAGAAGAGCUUGCGGGAGAGACGAUGGGCUUUGUUCCUCUCACAGCCAGGAUCACGGGCAAGUCCCCGUUCGCGGUGCUUCGGAACAUGGUUCAGGAGGUCAGGGAGCUGCACCACAGAAUUGCUGCGACACUCAGCGGGGAUGACGAUACACUUCAAAAAUGGCGUACCCUCGAGCAGGGAUUCGUGGCAUGGCAUCUUGCGAUUGACCGGUUCAGGCUGAGCUCUGAUUACGGCUUUGUAUGGUGAUGUUGGAUUGUAUCAGGUGCCCCAAACCGGAACUCCUACAUGUCCUGUUUUGAUGCUAGUUCACGCACAAAAUUCAAAGUCUAACACCGCGUGUUCUGUGUUUGAGUUUCUCACACAAAUGAGCCG